UUAUUGGAUAAAUCAGUGAACGUAUCCGUCAAACCUCGUUUUCAGAGGUGGCGUAACCGUCGUGCUAUAACAGGGUGACUAUUAUGAAUGACAGUGGGAUACACACAUUUAUGUACAACUUUAUAAAUGAAUACCGGUGUAUGUAUACUUUAUGACUUGUGUUUUAGAAGCACAUAAACUUCUUUGAAUAGAUUGUACUGAAUACAAUGUUUGCGUUGAAUGGACAUGAAUGGAGGUCCAUAACUUUGAUCAGAAUUGAGCUAGGAUGAAGUUAUGACCGAUAGUGAUUCAGAUUCGAGAAGCGCAUGGGAGGAAGGUCAUCCAACACCCCAUACACGUAUUGGUGAUGGUGCAUCGAAGCAACAAACAGGUUGUGGUGUGAGCUGUCUCCAGAGAUUUACCAAGUAUAGAGGCCCAUUGCAGGAUAACAAAAUACACGGACCCCUAGUUGUAUCUGUGGUGUUUCUGGCGCUAUGUAUCGACAAUAUGUUAAUGACCGGCAUGGUGCCUAUAACACCGACUUUACUGCUCGACUUUUUGACUUCAAAGGUUGUUGAUAUCUCGUGUGAGCCUCGGCUGAACGGGACGUGUGCAAAUGCAUCUGCUCAAGGGGGAUACAACAUAGAGCUUCUCGUUGGGCUUAUGCUAUCCAUUGACAGCGUAUCACAUUUGAUAUGUCUGCCGUUUGUAGGAAUUUUUACCAACAGGUUUGGAUCCUCCUUUCCCAUGUUCAUUGGGUGUUUGUUUACGUUGGUCGCAACACUGCUGUUCGGAUUGGGGCAGAAUUACGUAGCAAUGAUAAUUUCUAAAGUGAUUCAUGGAUUUGGACUUGCGCUCACAACAGUUUCAGCCACAGCUAAGAUUGCUCAUACAUAUAGCGAAGAUGGAGCAAGAGGAACUGCCAUUGGAAUUUCAACCAGUGGCAUUGCAGUCGGUCUCUUGCUUGGUCCUGUGCUGAGUGGUGUUAGCUUCCAGUUCCUAGGACGCGAGUCAUUUUUUCUACUCUUAGCAAGCAUGCUUCUCAUCAGUGCAGUUUUACAGAUUCUCGUUUACACGCCAAAUGAAUAUGACAACCAAGAUACGACAAAUGCAGGCCUAACAAAGCUUGUUAGAGACCCAUAUAUCUUACUUGCUGUCGGUGUAAUAUUUAUGUUGAACAUUGGAAUUGCCGGCUUGGAUGGGGGACUUCCAUUAUUUCUACAGAAACAGUUCCAAUCCCCUAUUUGGCAACAAGGUGCCGCAUUUCUUCCAAAUUGUAUUGUUUAUCUUGUGAGUUCUGCGCUUUUUGGUGCCAUUGGUCAUCUAGUCGCUCGAUGGAGGUGUGUUUUGAUGGGGAUUUUAGUAUUUGCUGCAGGAAUCAUUACGAUCACAUUUUCUAGUCAAUUUGCUCAAGUUGCAGUGACGAGUGGCGUAGCAGGGUUGGGCGUUGGUAUGGCUGAGUCGUGUAUAUACACUAUGCUAGCCCAACUGGCGGAUAUCAGACACAUAGCUAUGUAUGGAACUGUAUACGCACUUGGGGACAUCGCAAUGUGUCUGGCUUAUGCACUGGGGCCAGCUUUAUGUGGGCUUAUAGGAUUCCAAUGGAUGACUUAUAGUGUUGGCAUUGUCAGUAUAUUCUAUGCGCCUCUUAUUGUGUUAUUCAAACUAGUAAUAAAGAAGGACAGUGAUGAAAAAGAACCGAGAACGGAGAAUGAAAAACAGAAACUGAUUGUGAAAAACAUGACUGACUUUAGUGCUGACUAUUCUAUGCAUCUCACACAGUACUCUCCAUACACGACUCUAGUCCAUAAACCCAAAGAACUUAUAAUCAGUCAGGGAAGUACCAAAGAUUCUAAAUAGAGUAACUGGAAAUUAUGGGCUACAAGUCUUCUUUCUGGAGGGUUCGCGGGUGGUCGAAGUCCGUACAUGCGGAUAUAUCAACGUGAUGAAAGCAUUGAAAUGAGAUCAAACAUUGCCUGCUGUAUCUCUACC